GCUGCCUGUAAAAGGAUAUCUGCAUGAAAGGUCGGACCUAUAUAAAUCCGCCUUGACGGACAGCAGUCACCACAUUGCUUACCUCUCUGCUGGAUCACCAACCCGGACGAGAACCCCCUCAACACGGAAUAAAAUGUCGCUCUCAUCUAUCCUUUCCGCUGAUGCCAUCGACAGUGCUAUCAAGGACUGCCAAGCACCGGACUCCUUCUGCCCUAGGAAGUUCUUCCAGUUGUGUGGCCUCACCAAGAAGAGCCCCCAGGAGGUGAAGAAGGUUUUCGGGAUCCUGGACAACGAUGGCAGCGGCUUUGUGGAGGAGGAAGAGCUCAAGUUCUUCCUCCAGAGGUUUUCCCCCGGGGCUCGCGUUCUGACGGACAAGGAGACGAAGGAGUUCCUGUGUGCUUGUGAUGACGAUAGUGACGGGCGGAUCGGAGCCGACGAGUUCCAGGCCAUGGUCUUGUCUUAAACACCUGGACUCCAUCGCUCCGGGUCAACCCGCCCCCCCUCCCCCACUGCUUCAAGGGCUCACUUAGUUUCAUUCAAUCAUUUUCCAUCUCGUUAGAUAAAACCUUUUGAUUUUUUUUCUUUUCUUUAAAGACUCGUUCCGGUCC